GCCUUUGUUGUUUGCCGAGGCUUAUUAUCCUUGCUCCUAGUGGUGUUCUCUCUAUUUCGGGGCCUGAGCCCAGUUAAAGAAUGACCAGUAUAGUGUCAUCUUUGUCUGAACUAAAUAGGCUCUUUCAAAGACAGUGAACAGUGUAGCAAAGUAUGGUUAUCAAGACUAUGUAACAAGGAAUUACCAGGCCUUUCUUCAUAAUUUUACAUAUAAGGGACUCUACAUGCUCCCUAUAGUGAAUAAACACCAAGUUCAUGCAACAUCGGAAACCUUAUACACAAAUUAUCAUCAUGGCUACCACACGUCGUUCUAAGUCGACGACUGAAGAAACUCGAACAGUUUCUGAAGCAUCAUUGAUGACUCCUACCAGAACAACAACACCAGAAUCAAGCAUUGCAACACCUAUAACUAGUCAAGUAUUCCUUCCUACACCACCCGAGACCAAGCGAAAAAAGACAUGCCGCGAUAGCCCGAUUCCGUUCAAGAUAAGAAAGACAACCUCAACUCCCAAGGCCGUGACUCGCCCUGAAACUCUCAACUGGUUGGCAGACCUGGAGGACGAGGAUUACGAACCUCCUCAGUCUCCAACUCCUGCUGGAUCAGGUGCUAUUGAGGAGCAAGAGACCAGCGAUGACGAGGAAGAGAAAGUGUCUAAGCUUAGACCUAAGACAUUCCAAUGCGGAAGUUUUACCAAAAGCUGGGCAGAGAUCGGACAGGAACGAAACUUUGAGUUCUUCCAGGCCUAUCCUCACGAUGAGUUCUCAACCCUUUGCGUGGGUCAUUUUAUGCAACUUGCAGAGAAUUGGUAUUCUCGGCGCAAAUCCAUGGUCAACAACCAGGUUCAAGAGAUUAUCAGGGGCGGUUUGACUCAGAAGCCUGACUUUUCAAAACUGGCUCUUCCCGUCUGUGAUGAGACCUGGACUGUCAAGAGUCUUCAAGACUUCAAAGUCGACUUACACAACGCCAUCAACGAUGCCAGCAGUCGAGUGAGAUUCAACCACAAACAGACUCUUCAAGCUACCGGAAAGCGACCCAUCUGUGAGCUUGGAAACCAGGAACACCCUCUGAAGUGCCCAUUAUGUACCAACUAUGAGCUGCCAUGCAAGGGCAACUACGUCGAGGUUGACAAAGCACAUUGUCGUACGGAUAUUCCACCCUACUUCCCGGAUUCAUUUGAUGCCGAACUUGAGAAGGCUUCCAGGCCUAUUCCAGACUGCUGUCACCAGAAGGCUCUCAUGAUUCUCGGGGGCGACAAAGGUAGAGAUUACAUGGAGUGCGAGGAAUGUUGUUACAGCCAGGAGCUCCCUCAGAAUCCCCUUCAGAUGCCCAAGGAAUUUGCAAUCAGAGUGGCUGGAAAUCGUAUUCCAGUCAAAGUUCGUCCCGAGCGUCUUUAUCUCAACAGCAAACUCGGGCAUGUAGAUGUCAGUGGCAUUCAUAUCAUUGUCGAUCAUUGUGUUGGUGAGCCAAUGAUCAAGUUUCAGUAAGUUCUCACACAAGCCCUUUUGUAGCCAUGAUAUAUAGCUAACCUCUUUUCUCAGGUCAACUCAAUUCUCGGAGGCUCAUGAGAUGUACGGCUUUGACCUCCACCUGGAGGACGAGAUCAGCAUGGUCGAGUUUGAUCUGCCUGAGGAGCACACAUAUGAUCAUCAUGAGUCGGCUAACAUUCAAAGGCUAUACUGGCAACAGGGUGCUUUCAACGCGAUUGCACGGUGUUCCAACCUAUUUGAUAACUGUCCGUGUCAUUAAGGAGGCAGGUAUGCAGAUGCAAUUAAGCCUUGCUAGAAAUGCGAACAGAGAAGGAUAGAUGAUUGUUAUGGAAAAUUCCAGUUAUAUUAGAUGGUCAAAACAUCUAGCAAGUUGGGUAGACGGAGGUAAAGAAGGAGAAUAGAGAAUAGAGAAUAGACAGAUGAAAAUGAAAAACAUGACCCAAUAAAAAAUCGAAUGCCACUAUUCGCAUGAUAACUGUAGG